UUGUCCGUGACGGAUGCCUGGUACAGUUAGGGUAAACAUUCUCAGGUAGUUUAGAUGUAUUAUGGUCAUUUAAAUAUUGAAGUCAAGUGAAGGGUCUUUUCUGUAUACCUUAAGGUUAAGGAUAGAAGGCAUUGUAAGUGUUUUGUUUAAAUGAGUUAUUUAGCCUGUACAUUUCGCGCGUUUCCUGUCGUCCGCCAUGCAGGAUGAUACCGCAGCUUUUCGUUGCAGGAUAACUGGUGGUUACGAGGCUAUUGAGCAGUUCCAACGUGAUUUGAUUCGUUUCCAAAGAGAAACUGCGAGUUCGUUUUAUAGAUGCACGGUCAUUACUGCGGAGGGACAUAAGCAAAGGACUGGAAAGGAUCUCCCUGAUGGUUAUCGGUAUCGAUUCAUUCAAUAUCGAUGUGUGCAUAGCAAGCGUAAGAACGUGAAAGGAAAGCGUUAUAGGUGCUACAACUGCGAGGCCCGAUUUUCUGUGGUGCUGAAAGGCAGGUAUUACGAGAUUGGCCGCGCCUGGUUGAAGCAUUCCCAUGUAUUCCAGUUGGGUAAACCUUGGCUUUAUCCUGCUAAUCGGCGGCUGAAUGCGGUACAAGAAGCGGCGGUAUUGAAGUUGAUGAAGUCUUUUCGUCAGACACGUGAAAUCAGGGGUUUCGUGUUAACGGAAUACGGCAUCCGCAUUACCAGACGUGAUUUAUAUCAUCUGAGGCAUCGCAGUCAGAAGGAGCAAGUUAGUGAGGUGGAAAAUGUGAUCACCAUGCUUGAAAGCGAAGGUUCAUGUUCCGUUGUGAGGGAGCGGUUAGAGGUGCGAUUCCUGUUCUUCGUACCUGCGUGCAUUCGCAGUUUGGUUGCACGAUACGGGGAAGUUAUACUGGCGGAUUCGACGCAUCAGCUUAAUUACGGUGGCUACAUACUAUGGCAUUGUAUGUUUGUUGACGUGACGGGGGUAGGUAUUUCAUUCUUUUACGCGUUGUUACCGAAUGAGACUACGGAGAGUUAUUUGGAAGCGGUCACAGCUAUGCGGGCAAUGGUUCCUAGCACCGCAUCCGUGCGUACUAUUGUGGUAGACAAAUGUGCGCAACAAAUGAACGCUUUCAGGGAGGUGUAUCCGGAGGCGUGCAUGGUAUUGUGCCGUGUCCACAUGUUACGGGACAUAAACCGACGGUGCAGUCACCUCUCAGUUGCGGACCCAGCGGAAAAGGCUUUCCUUAUCCGUUUGUUGAGGAACCUGAUUUUCACGCCUGAGGAGACGCGUUAUCACGGAAUCCUAGAAACCAUUCGGCAGAGGAAUACGGAAUGUUUUCAGUAUUUCCGUAGGACGUGGAUGCCAUGGUGGAGAUGUUGGGCGGCGCAUCAAUUACGGCAUGUGAUGAUGUUCGGAUGCAAUUCUACAAAUCGAGUUGAGAAUGAAAAUAUGCAUCUUAAACGGACUUUGAGCGAGCGUUCCUCUUUACGUGCGCUUUUCGAAGUGAUCGUUCAUCGUGCGAAAGGUAUGGCUGAUGGUCAUAGCACUCAGUUAGCGACGGAGUGCAUGCGAAGUAAUACAGUUGGCGGUGACGUAUUUGUGGUUACGGAACUUGUAAGCAGAAUGACGGCAUAUGCUCGGGAAAGGGUUAUGAAGCAUUUUCAGGGCAGGACUAUUCUCGGAGUCCUGCCGGAUGGGCCGUUCCGUUUGGUGUCUGAAUCCGAGUCAGCUGUCUACCGCGUUUGCAUACACCGAGGCAGUAACUGUGACUGCUCUUUCAAUCGUCAUUGGCGUAUGCCUUGCGGUCAUAUAUUGCAUGUUGCGGCUGUGGAGAAUCGCAAUGCUGACGAGGUCCUUGAAGGAUGUCGAUGGUUGAUUGAUGCAGCGUUACAAUCUGAAACGGCGCAGAACUUGGAUUGCCGUCAAUGUGAAACUAUCACCCCAGGUGCACAUACACACAGUGUGAUUGACAGGCGCAUAAAGAUUCGAGGCUUACAAGAGGUGCUGGCGGAAAUAGAUGUGAACGUCCAAAGUCUGGGCUCAGAGGGAUAUCUGAAAGCUCUCGAUAUUUUACGUGCUUUCGGUAAGGUUAUCUCCUCAAAGUUGGAUUACAACAUUCGGUGCGACACGUCCAAGUGUUCCGAUAGUAUACCGCUGUGCACGGCAAACAUACCACGUUUAUUGGGAGGUACAUGUGAAACUGAGGUGCAAGUAAUUGCCCCUGGCUCCGUUGAAAUGUCGACCAACUUGGAGGACGUCGUUCGGAUGGAUGGCAGUCCGGAUAUCAUUCCAUGCCCGUCAACUUCUGCUACGGUGGUCAAUGUGGUGAAUCCAGGCCAUCGGAAACGUGCGCGCAAGGAACCUUUGAUCUGUCGUGUUGUAAAUCCUGCUCCCGGUACCAGCGCACUGAGCGAGACGAAAUUCCGUCGGCUGCCGAAGACUACGACCGCGAAGUGCAUAACGCAGAGCAAACCUGGUGCACAUGGGAGUGCAAAUGGCCAGGUUCCAACAACUGCUUGUGAAUUGUGUCUGCAGGAAGAGGACUUUGGAACGCGUGGUAGCGAUGUCUCCUGGGUGAUGUGUGACAGAUGCUCAAGGUGGUUCCAUCAAACUUGCGCAUCAUAUCAUGGUGAGGAUAAGUAUGAAUGCGUCUUCUGCAAAAUGUGAACAGGAGAGAACAGCACCGGCGUUUGCAAUUGGAAGCCAUUUGCGCUACAUUUCAUUCCCGAAUGUCCAUGACACUGUU